AUGCCAAGCAGCGCCUCCACCAACCUGGUCCCCAAGAGUACGCAUAGGUUUGGGCCACGUGCUGCGAUCUGGAUAGGGCCUCGGUGGCCACCCUCCGCACAGCACCAUAGAGUGUGGUUCGUGCGCGACGCCUUGGGCAUCGCGUUCGCUGUGGGCACCUGGGGGCUGGUGCUGAGCGCUGCGGGCGUGCUGGUGUACGAGCUGCUCCUCCCAGCUCAGAACGUGGUCUACGCUGUGGUCAACGGGGUGCUGUUCCACCUGCUGGUCUUCCUGGGCCUCGCGUCGCACGCACGCACCAUGCUCACAGACCCUGGCUCCGUGCGCGCAGGCGACGCGCCCUGGCUCGGGGCGCCCCAGUGUCAGCGCUGCGGCAGCUCCAGGCCGCCGCGCGCACACCACUGCCGAGUGUGUGGCUGCUGCAUCCGGAAGAUGGACCAUCACUGCCCCUGGGUCAACAACUGCGUGGGCGAGGACAACCAGAAGUACUUCGUGCUCUUCACACUCUACACCGGGCUGGCCUCGCUGCACGCGCUGCUGCUGCUCGGCGUGUCGGUCCUGCGCGCCUACGCCCGGGGCGAGUGGGAUACUGCGAGCCCCGUGUCCCCCCGCGGCGCCCUCAUCUUCCUCUUCCUGGUGAGUGUGAAGGGCCUCCUGUUCACCUCCACCAUGUUCGGGACCCAGAUGCACGCCAUCUGCACCGACCGGACCAGCGUCGAGCUGCUGCAGAGGCAGCGUGCCGGCGGCAAGGGCACCAAGUGGAUGAACCUUAAGGUCGUCUUCGGUCGCCGCGUCUCCGUGGCCUGGAUCAAUCCCUUUGCUUCUCAAGAGCUUCAGAGUUUAGAAGCACACCACGAUGUGGUUUGA